UCUUAUCUUGACAAUCUCUCUCUCUCCGUUGAUUAAGCCCGACGAAUUAGUGAAAAUGAUGGACGGCUUCUUCUCCGACUCCGACAUGUUGACAAAGGUGGCGCUGUUUGCUCUGAUCCAAGCUCUCGUCUAUCUCAUCCUCUCAAAGUCCUCCACCGUCUUCUCCGCCGAAGGGUUGAGGAGGAGCCUGAGCUUCCGACCAGCGCGCUCUGUCAGCGUCCGCCGCUUGCAAGCCUUGCUUUCUGACAUGCCGCCCGGUGGGGAGGUCUCGCCGUCGGCUCCGAGGCCUCGCCGGGAGGAUUCCUUGUUGUCGUCCGACGACUAGAAGAAUUGAUGAAAUUUGUUAAUUUCUCUGUUACAGAUUUAAGGUGGUUUGGUAUUCUUUUUAGUGGACUUAAUUUGUUGUUAAAAGUUUGAAUUGAAGCAGGAGAAAGAAACAACGAAGUUUAGAACACUACGAUAUUGAAUUUUA